AAUGAGUGUGUUUGGGGUUAGGAGUGGAAAUACCAUUGCGGUGUGUUUUUGGUUGCUCCUUUGGAGCCCAACGUGCUGCAGACCAUUGUCAUAGGAAGGGGACAGACAGGAGGACACAACCCUUUGGCUUUAGUUGUGACGUCCCAGUAGAUCUUCCCAAGGUGUAUCAGAGGGGACAUUUUUGCAACCUUAUAAGGAACUUUAGGAUUUAUUUGGUUAUUUUAGGAGGACAAGAACAGUUUGCAGUUUCAAGGUUCCAGCGUCCGAACCAUGUUCUCCACGGCCACUUCAUACAAGAACCAGCAUUACUCUGAGCUGAAGAGGAAAUGUCUGGAGGACAAGGAACUGUUUGAGGAUCCAGAGUUUCCUAUCACCAACGCAUCCCUGUUUUACAGGAAGCCACCUCCUGGUAUGGUGGAGUGGAAGAGACCGCGGGAGAUCAGUGACGGGCCUCAUCUGUUUGUGGAGGGCAUCAGCUCCCAUGACCUGAACCAGGGGCUUUUGGGUAACUGCUGGUUUGUGGCGGCAUGCUCCUGCCUGGCACUGAAGCCAGACCUCUGGCAGAAGGUCAUCCCUGACUGGAAGGAGCAGGAAUGGGACUCCAAGCACCUGGAGAACUACGCUGGUAUCUUCCACUUCCAGUUCUGGGUGUUUGGGGAGUGGGUGGACGUGGUAGUGGAUGACCGCCUACCCAGCAUCAAUGGAGAGCUCAUUUACUGCCACUCCAAAGUCAAAAACGAGUUUUGGAGCGCCCUGCUUGAGAAAGCCUAUGCCAAGCUCUCUGGCUGCUAUGAGUCGCUGGACGGGGGCAACACUGGGGAUGCGGUGGUGGAUUUCAGUGGAGCCGUGGCAGAGGCCAUUAACCUUGAGGCAGAAGCUUUCCACAAGGACCAGGGGAGAAUGGACAAGCUGUUUGAGGACCUUUUCAAAGUCUACGACAGGGAUGGAAUAAUCAGCUGUUCCAUCAAGGCGUCUCCUUCUGAAAUCGAGGCACGGAUGGCGUGUGGGCUGGUGAAGGGCCAUGCCUACUCAGUGACUUCAGUGAAGAAAGUACGAUUGGGCCACGGGCUGAUAGCCUACUUCCAGAAUGAGACCAUCCCCCUGAUCCGCAUGAGGAACCCCUGGGGAAAGAUUGAGUGGAACGGAGCCUGGAGUGACAGUUCAGCGGAAUGGAAAAAGGUUGGCAGCAUGGAGAGGAAUAAGCUUGGCAUCACAGUGGAAGAUGAUGGGGAGUUCUGGAUGGAGUUUAGAGACUGGUGUAAGUACUUCACAGAUGCAGACGUUUGUCGUCUCAUCAACACCUCCCUGCUCACCAUCGACAAGACAUGGAACGAAGUGAUGAUUUUGGGGAGUUGGACCAAGAAUGCAGAACCUCUGCGCAACCGCUGUGGAGGCUGCAUGAACCACAAACAUACCUUCUUACAGAACCCCCAGUACCUGUUUGAGGUGACCAAGGAAGUGGAUGAGGUUCUGAUCUCCCUACAGCAGAGAGACAUGAAGAUCCACAGACGUAUCGGCCAGGGAGAGAACCUCACCAUCGGCUUCGCCGUCUUCAAGGUUGAACUGAAUAGGAAAUACCGCAUGCAUGACAUCAUCACCCAACUUAACGUGCAAACUACUACGUACAUCAACGCCCGCACGGUGUUCAUGAGGGCCAUGCUCCCCAAGGGUCGCUACAUGAUCAUCCCCUCCACCUUCAAACCUGAGACUCUGGGAGAGUUCAUGCUGCGUGUUUACACUAACGUAGACUCAGGAUGCAGAGAGCUGACAGAACACCAGCCCAGGAUGACGUGUUGGAGUAAGCUGACUGGCUACCCUGUUGCCGUGUCCCAGAUCUAUGUCCACGGAGCAGAGGGGCUGGAGAACCAGGACCGCACAGGGGGCGCGGACCCAUAUGUGAUCGUAUCCUGUGAGGGCUCCUCAGUCCGGUCAACCGUUAAGGCAGACACCGUGAAGCCAGUGUUUGAUACCAGAGCCAUCUUCUACAGGAAGAAGCCCACAAAGCCAAUCACUGUGGAGGUGUGGAACAGUAACGCUGUGAAGGACCAGUUCCUGGGCCAGGUGGUUCUGACAGGCUCAGUGAAGGACUCCACCAACCCCCAGAGGCUCCAGUUGAGGAAGAGUGGCAGAGCCAUGGCCGACGAGAUGCCUGGCUCCAUCACCCUCCGUAUCGUCACCUCCACCGAGCUCACAGACAUGUGAUCUGGAUCAGCUGACUACUACCUGGGUCACAUUGACAAUGUGUACAACACUCUGUUGCCUCUGACACUUUGAACAGGGGCUCAUCACUACAAGGCAUAAAGUUAUCACUCAGAAUGACUAUCAACGUGAGCUUACAAUAUAUUCUACUAAGGACUGCCUUGGUCAUGGACCAAGAAGCACCUACUAAGGACUGCCUUGGUCAUGGACCAAGAAGCUCCUACUAAGGACUGUCUUGGUCAUGGACCAAGAAGCACCUACUAAGGACUGCCUUGGUCAUGGAGCAAGAAGCACCUACUAAAGACUGCCUUGGUCAUGGAGCAAGAAGUAUCUUCAAGCCUUCUGGAGUUUUGUUUGUUCUUAUAGUGUUUUGUAAAGGGACAAGACAUUACUUUUUGAAAGAUGAAUAACUGUAAAUAUAUUAUUAUUUUAUACUAGACGAUACACUAUGAAACAUAACUCUUCAGAGUAAUACGCAUACUGUAUCUGUAUACAAUAUUAUGCAACAUGUACAUUCAAAAAUAUGUUUAUCAUAUACAAAUAAAAGGGCCUCUUUUCAUCUGGCUGAAAAACAGCCAAAAGGCUCUUGCUGCAAAAUAUUGGAAAGUCUUGAAAGAGCCGAAUGUAUCUAGAGUGUAAGUUUUGGACCAUGGUCAUUCAUUUGUGUCAUUCCACUGAACUUAUUGAAAUGUCUAAAGGGUAUGUACUGCCUCUAAACUAGCAUCCUCCUUUGCCCGAAAUGUCUUGCCACAUUUAGUCCCUCUCUACUAACAGCAAAGAAAACUAAAUCCAUUCAAACCAAAAAGUAUAUAUUUUUUAUUUCAGUUCAGUUCCCAAACUGCAGUAUUUUGUUGUUUUACACUCAAGACACAGCCAUGCACAAUUCAGAAUUCCAAAAAGUAUGUUGCUUUAUCCACAAUUAAAAAUAGCUUAUCCAAAACCUUAGUUGUCCCCAGUUGCUUUUUCUCAUCUGUCCUUUUCCAAAGAUGGGGCUUGCUGAGGUUCACCAGAUGGGUCAGCAGUUUACAAACCCGGAUAACAAAUCAUCAUCAUUUUAAAUAAACACUUUUUUGCCUUUG